AGGGUCUUCAAAGCAAAGUGAACGAAGCGGAGCGUCAGACGGAGAAGUUAGUGGGAUAGCAGCGAGCUUUCUGUCGCUUCUCAACAUGUUGAAAGUUGUUUCUUGCCUAAGCGGCCGCUGUGUACUUAGAACGGGACGGUCUGGCUUUCUCCCCGGUUUGUCCAAAUUCCACUUGGCAAGUGGUGCAUUAUGUCUGAAAUCAGCACUUAAAUACCCUCCAUCAGACCUCCCAGAGAUGCCCCCAUGCAACUUUGAACCAGAAGAAUACACGGGUAUGUCCAAAGAGCGGAUGAUGGAAAUCCGCAAACUGUAUUGCAACCCUAUGACAAUGAAGGUGACUCUCUAUAAGAAACCAGUCUUCAUCCACCAGGGGUUCAUGCAGUGGCUGUGGGAUGUAGACGGGAAGAGAUAUCUGGAUCUGUUUGCUGGUGUGGCUACUGUCAGUGUGGGCCACUGUCACCCGAAAGUGACGGCAGCGGCAGAGCAUCAGUUGAGGAGACUGUGGCACACCACAAAUAUCUAUGUCUAUCCUACUCUCCAUGAGUACUGUGAGAAACUAGCAUCCCACUUGCCAGAUCCUCUAAAGGUUGUAUAUCUGACCAACAGUGGCUCCGAAGCCAAUGACCUGGCUAUGUUGAUGGCUCGACUUCACACAGGCAACUUUGAUAUCAUCACUUUCAGAGGAUCGUACCACGGUGGGAGCCCACAGACCAUGGGUCUAACUUCCAACGCAGCAUAUAAAUACCCCAUCGCCAACGGCUUAGGCUGCACUAAUACCAUGUGUCCUGAUGUGUUCAGAGGUCCGUGGGGAGGAAGCCACUGCAGAGACUCUCCUGUGCAGACCAUCAGAGACUGUAGCUGUGCACAAGGUCAGUGCAUGGCACAUGAUCAAUACAUCGGACAGCUAAAAGAGACUUUUGCUACGAGUGUCCCGAGUCGAAUCGCUGCUUUCUUUGGGGAGCCCAUUCAGGGAGUCGGAGGAGCUGUGCAGUAUCCUAAAAACUACCUGAAGGAGGCUUACAAACUUGUGAGGGAGAGAGGAGGGGUCUGCAUUGCUGAUGAGGUCCAAACUGGAUUUGGUCGAACAGGAACUCACUUCUGGGGUUUCCAAGGUCAUGACGUCAUCCCUGAUAUGGUUACCAUGGCAAAGGGCAUCGGAAAUGGAUACCCAAUGGGAGCUGUUGUCACAACACCAGAAAUUGCUGCAUCGUUUGCCAAGGGGGUUCAUUUCAACACCUUUGGAGGAAAUCCUGUGGCUUGUGCCAUUGCUUCAUCUGUGCUUGAUACGAUCAAAGAGGACGGUGCUCAGCAGAUAAGUCUCAAUGUUGGCACAUAUCUGAUGACUGAAAUGGCGAAACUAAGAGACAAGUAUGAGAUUAUUGGCGAUGUCCGCGGGAAAGGCCUGCAGAUUGGAGUGGAAAUGGUCAAAGACAAGGCCACCAGAGACCCGCUGCCUCCUGAGGGGAUGAAUGAGAUCUUUGAGGACGUGAAGGAUAUGGGAAUCCUGAUAGGGAAAGGAGGAAUCUACGGACAGACUUUCCGCAUCAAACCUCCUAUGUGCAUCACGAUGGAAGACGCAGAUUUCUUCCUGGCAGUUUUUGACAAGGCACUCCACAACUACACAGAAAGGAAAUAAAGGGGCAGGUUGCACGCUCAAUGCUGGGACUACACCACGAUAUCUGUUCAUCAUUAAAAAUGAGAAGAAUUUCAGUAUUAAUCAAUGUGAAGACUACCUCUGUUAUUAUACCUGCAAAGCCAUUUUAAAAGGGAACUAAUGUGUUAGGACUGAACGGUGGUGCAGUGGGUAGCGCUGUUGCCUUACAGAUAGAAGGUUUCUGGGUCAAAUCCCCGGUCUGUCAGGGCCCUUUCUGUCUGGAGUUUGCAUGUUCUCCCCGUGCAUGCAUGGGUUCUCUCUGGGUACUUCGGCUUCCUCCCACAGUCCAAAAACAUGCUCACCAGGUUGAUGGAUCACUCUAAUUUGCUAGUAGGUGUGAGUGUGUGCGUGAAUGGUUGUCUGUCUCUCUGUGAUGGGUUGGCAACCUGUCCAAGGUGUACCUGCCUUCCACCCGAAGCCAGCUGGGAUAGGCUCCAGCCCCCGAGACCCCUAACGGGAUAAGCGGUCAAGAUAAUGGAUGGACUUAUGUGUUAACUUUUCUGUGAUUGGAAGACUUGAUUGGCUAAACAUACCUCACUUUUAUAUGACGAAACAAAUCUUAUACCGUGCCUUCCGGACAACUGACAUGGUAUUUUGUUCCUUUUAGAUUUACUGAAUUAUGAUUGGAUGUGAUGUUGUUUGAUUGUGUCAAAAACUGUCUUUCCUGAACUCAUGUUUGUGCUGAUUAUGGACAUGAAUGUUAAAAUAAAGAAUGUGUAAGCUCAAAGAACAACAGUUGGGCACACUGACCCUGA